AUGAGACCGGUUGCUGUCAGGCGUAUAUUAGCAGUAUGGAUCUGGCCUACGUUAGCUGCAACACUAAUAUUCUCUGAUUGGCAAACCACCAAGCGUUUAAAAGAAAGUGGCCAUGCUAGUAUCCUCGAAGCAAUGCGAGAUGAGAGUGAUAUUGCUCGUUAUUGCUUUGAUCGACAAGGAAUGUACAAAGCAAGUAUGAUGAAAGGUCAGAGCAAAAUGUUUGCUGAUCGCAUUGCUGAGAUUCCAGAGGGGGAAGACAUCUGGAAGUAUUGA